AAAUGAGCCAGGUGGUAUUUUUAUCACCUACACAAAUAGGUUAAAAUGUAGGGUUAAACUUGAUCUAGCAGUCUUGGUGGUUUGCUGGUAGAGUUUUUAAUAGUGAACUACAGUAGAUUUACAUGGAGAAAUAAUUAUUUGAUACAGGCAAGUUUUGAUCAGUUGCUCGGCGAACACUCGUGAGGAUUACAUAGCGAUUGUUGUUUCUGUGGAUUUAACACAUGUUGGAAUUUAUCCGUACAAUAGAGUUAUUUUUGCUGGUUGUUGAAGAAUUUCAGGGAUGACUGUUGCUGCUUGAUUUAUUGAAGUGCGAUUAACUCUUUUACCAGAUAGUGAAAUCUAACGAACAGUGAUACAACAAAAAAGCACCACAGAGUUAUCUUGGUUUUUUUUUAACAAUAAUUCCCAGUGGGAAGCACUGGAAUUUAAAAGAUGGAAUGAUUUGGACUUCAGUAGCAAGCAUGUUCUUCAGUAGAGAGGUUUCCUUUACUCUUCAAUGGAAGAUUUUUGAUAUCACAGAUCCUGCUUCAUAAACAUUGACAGACUACAGACUGCAAAAGUCCUUGGAUUUUUUCCUGAUAUACUGUAGUUGUGGGGCCACCAUUGGCACUUGAAAAAUUGUUUUUGUUCGCCAGAGAUGAAACUGUUAAAGCCUACUAUGGCGGUGAACUUUCUACAGGCAUUUGUAUUAUUAACAUUCUGUUAUAAUGUAGAGAUUCAUGCUGCAAUCAAUAUCAAUACUUGUCGUAAUGCCCUUGGGAUGAUAACCAAAGAAAUUACAGAUGAGCAGCUGAGUGCCAGUAGUAGUCAUAGCCCCCAACUCGGCCCUCAGUAUGGAAGAUUACACUUAGACGAAGGCGAGGGUGCCUGGUGUAUUAAAGAUCUACUUACAAUUGAUCGGUACGAGUAUAUGCAGGUGGACUUUCGUGACUUAAAGGUGAUCACAGGGAUUGGCACACAGGGAAGAUGGCACAAUGGGGACGGUAAUCAACAUGCACGGUAUUUCCGAGUGGAAUACAGACGAGACAAUGAAACGCAAAACUGGAGACAGUAUGUUGGAUAUCCCACCAAAAGGGCAUAUGAAAGCAAUAGCAAUGGAUACCAAGCCAAAAUAAGUCACUUGUCCCCACCCCUUGUCGCAUAUCAACUUCGAAUGGUCCCUAUUGCUGAGUCACCACGCCAAGUGUGUAUGAGGGUGGAAUUCUAUGGUUGCUCAUUUGAAGAUAACCUGGUAUCAUAUCAGAUGUACCAAGGCGAAUAUAAAGGUACAUACAGCCUACGAGAUGAAUCUUACGAUGGAAUUAACACUAAUGAGUAUGUUCACAAUGGGCUUGGCCAGUUAACUGACAGCAUGUUGGGGGCCAAUGACUUUCGACUCAGCCCCACCAACUAUCCCCCGGCCUAUGAAUGGGUGGGCUGGAAAAAUACAACCAAUUUGGACCCAGAGAUUAUUUUUCAGUUUGGGACUAUAAGAAAUUUUUCAGAGGCCAGUUUCCAUUUCAAUAAUUUCUAUACCGAAGGUGUGAGCAUUCCUACCAAGGUGAGGAUCUAUUUUGGUGUGGACGAUGGUUAUUAUUACACACGUGAUCUAGUAGAGGAGAUUCCUGUUGAUUUUGAGCACACUGACAAACGAUGGAUUACCAUCAAUUUACAGCACCGGAUUGGUCGGUUUCUAAAGUGUAAGUUUUACCACGGCAACAGAUGGCUGCUUCUUGAUGAGGUAUCUUUCAUAUCAGAGGAGUUUACCGGACCGAUGCAAACAACCAUCUUACCGUCACCCACUGCUCCCUCAAAGUCCACGAUAGGUGACGGACAAAUCGAGGUCAGUGAAGGCCUUGAUCCCCAUGACAACUCCUGGGUUCCAGAUGAUGCAACGCACAUUCCACCGUGGGAUCCGAAGCGUACGUUACCUGGUAGAAACACCAGACAUGGUAUGACAACGGCUAUACCUGUGCCCCAACAUGAAGACACCACCUCUGUCGUCCUUGGAGCUGUAUUCGGGGUUCUCAUUUUCCUUGUGCUUAUUUUUGGUCUUCUGUUAUUUCUGUACCGUCACAAAUACAUCCGCCUCAAGCACCAGGUACCACAGAUACUGUACCACGCCGAAACCAUCACUCGAGCCGCUGGUAAUGGCUCGCUGAUGCAUUACAAUAGCCGGCGUGCCAACCCAACGUAUCAGAUCUCCCACCCUAGUGAUGAGCCACAGUAUCAUAUCAUCGAUAAUAAAGUCCCACAAAGUGAUGAUGAGGACUCGGGUGCGUUUGUCGCUUCCACAAUAAAUGAGGCCUUAAUUGUCACACUAGAUGAAGCAAAUGUUUACGCUGAGCCGACUUGUUCUCCGAAGUCCUUACAACAGCAGCAUUAUGCAGAAACCGACCUGAUGAGUAUUCAGGGCGUGUCGGGCAACACAAUCUACGGCGUCCCUGACCAAUGCAUGGAAAAACUAAAUAAUAUUCGAUCUCUGUGCCCAGAAUUUCCACGAGAAAAACUCAUAUUUUUGGAAAGGCUUGGAGAAGGACAGUUUGGGGAGGUUCAUCUGUGCGAGGCAGAGAAUAUACAAGACUACAUUGGUAAUGGUUUUCCAUUUGUGAAGCGAAAUCGAGGGCAACGAACGCUGGUAGCUGUAAAAAUGCUUAGGAGAAAUGCCAACAAGAAUGCCAGAACUGAUUUUCAAAAAGAGAUGAAGGUGAUGUCGCAGCUACGUGAUCCUAACAUCGUGCGUCUGUUGGCGGGAUGCACAGAGGAUGAACCACUGUGUAUGAUAGUUGAAUACAUGGAAAAUGGUGACCUUAAUCAGUUCCUUUAUGACAGCGAACCUGAGGAAUCACCGACCCCUGGUGAUCUACGCAAAGUUUGUUACGGUGCCCUCAUUCACAUGGCAACACAGAUAGCAUCUGGCAUGAAGUACCUUUCAUCUAUGAACUUUGUACACCGUGACCUUGCAACACGCAAUUGCCUAGUGGGUAAACAGUACACGAUACGAAUUGCAGAUUUCGGUAUGAGCCGGAACCUCUACAGUAACAACUAUUAUAAGAUUGAAGGAAGAGCGGUGCUGCCAAUUCGGUGGAUGGCGUGGGAAAGCAUUUUACUAGGAAAAUUCACAGCUAAAUCGGAUGUUUGGGCAUUUGCUGUGACACUAUGGGAAAUUCUGACAAUGUGUAGGGAGCAACCGUACAGUAAGUUCUCUGACGAACUUGUUAUAAAAAACACUGGCGAGUUCUUCGAUAACUCGGGGAAACAGUGCAUACUGCGACAGCCUGCUAACUGCUCUCGGGCAAUGUAUGACAUGAUGAAGAGGUGCUGGAGACGUAAUCCGGAGGAGAGACCUUCGUUUGAAUUCCUCUUCAACAUGUUACAAUCCAAGAACGUUGGAUUCGAACCAAAACCUGAAUGCUCAUCUUCUGUGAUCGUUUAGUCAUAGAAAUGUGAUGGAUAAACAUGGCAACAUAGUUGCAUUUUAAAUCAGCAUCUUUUGAUGUUGAGUUGUUCUGAACAACUAUUUCCAAGCAAUACAUUAUAUUACGCAGAAAGACUAAAAAAAAAAAGUGUGCAGACAUGUUCUUACAGAUCGCCAGGAUUUAAAUUUCAUCCAUGAACUGUGUUAAAGAGGAAAACCAGUCAAAGUAAGAUUAAUUACUUAUGUGAUUCAAAGGUUGGAAGCUCUGCUCAUUAAAUUGUUGUUAUGACAUUAAAUUUAUUUGAUCUCUUAGUUGUGUGUGCAGUAAUUUUUGCCCAGCAGCAAGAUUUAAACGUGGUUACAACAAACAUUGACCUGUCAAGGACGGACAGAUCAGGAUGUUAUCAUUUUGAACAUACAUCAAACAACGAAGCUCAUGAGAAAGCUAUUAUAAAUAUUUUUUUUGCGAGGAUAAACAUAUGCUCAGUUGGAACAAUAUGGUUGCAAGUUUUUAGAACUGGACAAGGACGUGAUUAUGUAGUUUCACUAUAGUUACAGUAUGUGCAAAACCCAAGUCUGUGGAAAGCUAACAUAUGUGGUUAAAAGCAGUUGUAUAUUUUAGAAAAUAUAUAGUAGGAUCUGCAAGCCAUCCCUCUAUUGCUGUCUUAGUUGUAGAAAGAGAUUUGACUGUCCGUCAAGGAAAUGGGGUAUAGAUAAUCAUGUGUGUGUGUGUGGUAGAUCUGUGUUUUUUUUUUAAGAUGAGUUGAUGUUAGAUAUAAUAUGUGUGUGGAUAGUUGUUAAAUUUUAUUCAUAAUUAAUCAUGAAUUCAUCUUGUUUUUUCAGGACUUAAUUGCACUUGUACUUUUUGCUUUAAAGACCCUGACUGGCUGGCCAUGAACAAUAAAAAUAAUACUAACGCUAGAUGAAAAAUAAGCUAAUUUAUUCAUGUAAAUACAUUUGUUUUGAAAAGAAAGAAGUUUUCCUUGACACCAAAGAUAAUAUUACUCAUCAAAGAUGAUCCAUUGAAGCCAGUGCUUAAAAUUCUGAAUUAUGGAAAUGUUGAUCAUUAUCAGAAAUGUCAAUUUAGAAAUCUGGUGUGUCGUGUAUAUUUAUCACCAUAGGAUGGAAGCUAUAUUUGCACUUGAAAUUAGGGAUGGCAUGAAGACAAGUUUCAUGUUAUCUAAUUGUUUUUAUUGUAGAUAUUGACUUGAAAUAGACAUUGAACUUAUUCAAAAAAUCAAAAAAUAUUGGUGAAAUAAAUGAUAAGGCAAAAACAAUAUAUUGUUGUGUUACUUACGCACAGUGACGUUUGGAAUCUAGAGUCACUCAGUAUUGAUUUUGAUAGGACAUGGCCUAUAUCCUAGGGUUAAUUGUUAACAACCAUCACUCACAAUUUGCUUUUUGGUUAGUGGAAUGGUAACCACAGGGCUAUAAUUCAUGGUUACAAAUAUAUUAAUUUUAGCUUGAAAAAUGGCCAUUUUAAAAAGCACAAGUUCUUUAGUGUCCUUCACAGUAAAUACUAAAUGUUAAACCAAAACUUAUGGACCACUUAAACAUGACAACAUAUUUAGAAAAUGUUUGUACCAUCGUUUGCAUGAUUAGAGAGUGAAAAAUAAAUCCUUGCAUAUGAUAAGAGGCACUGUAUGAUCGAACCCAUGAGCCUGCAAUUAGAAAUGGAGCACCUUACCCACAAAGUUUCUUCCCACAAUUAGUUAUAUCUUUCGAACAGAUUUUUUAACAACUAUAAUAUAAAGUACCUGUAUAUUCAGUAAGACAGUUUAUGGAGUAAUGUAUUUUUUGUGACUGGUAUAGUCAUUGUAUAGAACUGAUGAAGUCUUAGACUAGAAUACUAAUGAAUAUGCAGUAAAAUACUCAUGAAUAUUCUGUAUGAAAUUAGCAUAUCUGAAAUGUAUUCCUAAAAUUUAUACAAGCAGCUUGUUAAAUAAUACCUCUACUAUGCUUAAAGGAACACUCUAAUUCCCUCCAUGGAAGUUAUGUCAAAAAUGCAAGAUCUAAUUUUAAGUUUCAAUUAAUUUAUCAUUGAAAUGUGUCGCAUAUUAACUCAUUUAUACACUAUUUAGCAUACCUUGAACUGAUCUUUAGUGUAAAUCUGAGCUAAUAUCUUUUUUGGGAUACAAAUUACUUGAGAAGAAUUUUCUGUCUUAUCAGAUAAUUUUAAAAUUAAAAAUUCAGUAUUAAUUUGUCAUCUGUAAAUAUGUUUAAUAACAUAAAUAUAAGAAUUUUGUAUCUGUAUUUUCUUUUCUUGUUUCUUAAUGGUCAUUUGUGGUGGGUAUCAUAAGUAAAUUCAACUGUUACACCAAAAAAAAAUGUUUGUUCUUAUGUAUUCUUUUUUGUCAUCCAAGUGGGUAAAAAUGAAAAAAGGGCCCUCAAUCUUUUUUCCAAAAACCCUAGAUUUAUAUGAGUCUAUCUUGAUUUAUAUGAGUCUUUACUUUUCAAUAAACCUUGACCUCCAAUAUUCUAUUAACAAUAAUAUUGUAUUUACAAUAUUAUUUUAAAAUUAUUGAAGAAAUUACAGUAUAUAUCAUUGUACAUUUAGGUGUUUAAAAAGUUGUGUUUAAACAUGUUUUGUUGUAUGUUGCUGUGUACCAUUGUAUUGUAUAUACUCUAGCCAAAACAGUUCACUGUAUAUAUUUGUAGAAUUUGUUGAAAAUAAAAAGAGCUGUUUGAAAGGGCAGUCAUGUAGAAAAAAGAUGCCUUCAACAAGAGAAUUUCUAUCACAAAUAAUUUUUUAAAAUAAUUUUGCUUUUAUCCAAUGUAUAAUUUUUGGGGAUGUUAUGAAAUAAUAUCAUUGAUAAUACUUAAUUAAAAUAUUUUAUCAUUUGAGAAAAACUAUGUUACCAUCAGGCAUUGCUAAGACUAAAGUCAGGCACACAUUGCGUCGUUGGCUGGUGCGAGUCCAUGGAGCAUGUAACGUGAUUAGGCGUACGCAAUGGAUCGUUAUUUAUAAUGACGAUCAGCAGUCAGUGUUGUGUCAUCAAGCACUCACAGAGUGAUGAAUUUGACAGCCGUACGACCAUCAUAUGAUGCCAUGUGUGCUCAUCUAGUGUAUUGGCAGAUAUAAGUGGUAUAUAGAUGGGCUUGAUGCUUAUUAAAGUGGCUAGCAUUGGGAUAUUACUUUUAUAUAGACCCUAUAUUGUUCUGUAAUAAGUUGACUAGUACCUAGCUUAGUUUUUUAGCAUGGUAAAGGAAAGCUGUAGCUGUUGGCAUAAAAUUGAUGAUAAUUAUUUUUUCUUUUAAAAAAUAGAAACCCAUUCUUUUUCGAUACUUGACCUGUGAUUUUAACUUGUUUUUGGCAGGAAAAACUAGGCCAGUUUUUUCUUCAUACCUUUGCAGAGAGCUUAGUGUGAUAGUGAGCAAGAUGCAACCAGUGACAGAUUCCCCAACAGUGGGUCCAAGGUCCCACCAUGUAUGAGCAAAUUUUGGAAUAGGCAUCACUAGAUUCCUGGAAAUGGCAGACUCACACUGUAAACUUGCUUUUUUAAAACAGUGUUCCCCAAUUUGCUUCUCUUCUGCCGGUGGUCUGAGUUUCCAUGACAAGGUCAUGUGUCUCACUGCAACCCCUGCUGGUGGUGCCACUGGAUGCAACAUCAUGCAAAAAUUGGAUUUUUAUUAACACAGACAGUGACUAUGGAGUAAUUAUUUUCAAUACUCAACAAGCUCUUGUCUAAGAUUGUUUUGUGGCUAUUAUAAGGCUGUCUUCAUAAUGAAGCUGGCUAUGAAAAGUAAAGACUACAGAAGUUAAAAACCAUUUUAUGUUUUUUUAAGUAACACACAGGCUAUAAUUAGUGUGGCCUACUAGACUAGCAAGUUCUGUACUGUGUUAUUACUUUGCUACUACUAACACAUUAAUCAGAUUAUAGCCACUUGAAAACAACUAUUACAGUACGACAAUAAUUCAAUACAUAACGGAAUAUUUAAGAUGAACCAUUAUUAUUUUUAUAUUUGUGUAGAAAAGUGAACUGGAAUCAAAUUGUGCUUUUCUUUUUGCAUAUACCAUUAAAAUGAUAUUGUAUCAUUUUAAAACCAAACAAAAGAAAAAAAAACAAAAUAGUAGAGUAAAUCCCAGAAAAACGAAUUUAUAUCUUAAUAAAAGGAAGCAUCACAUGAACUGUUGUCUCCUGUGGAAAUAGAUCUGUUCUGUUGUGUAGAAAAAUGGUAAAUAAGCUUUAUUACAAAGUAGUUAAUUGUUGAUUGGAUUUGUAUGAGCAGUCAAGUGUCUGUUCUCCAGUGGUUUUUAUAAAAGAAAUAAACACAUGAUGCUGAAAUACAAA